AGACGAGGCGGGAAGGAAGGAAGGAAGGAAGGAAGGAAGGACAGCCGGAGCCGGGCCCCACCGGCCGCGUUCCUCCCCUCCCACCCCCCGGCCAUGGCGGGGCCGUGACAGCCGAGCCCCCGCGGGCGGGCGCUGCCCGAGCCGGGCUUUGACUCGACUCGCGGGGGGCUCCCGGAGCCUCUCGGGCGGCCGCAGGGGGGAAAAAGGCGCAGCCCAGGGACAUGACUUGGACUCUGCUCCUCGGCUGAGGGGCUCCACGUUCCUGCGGGAGCUCCGGGGGGCCUCGCCCCGCGCCCGGGACUGUGGUGGCCACCGAGACCAUGAAGAAGUUCGCCUCCACGCGCAGCCUCAAUAAGAUCCUGCAGCAGUGCGACUCCUCAUCCCGCGAGUACGAGGAGAUCCAGGCUGUGGAGAAGAAGUGGCACCUGCAUCUGGCCACUCCUCGUAAGUUCCUGGACAAGAGAUGCAAAAUGCCGUCUCUCUUCCUUUCAGCUCCGCCGCCUCCCAAGAGAGCGCCCAGCACCACCCUGACGCUGCGGUCCAAGUCCAUGACGGCCGAGCUGGAGGAGCUGGCCUCCAUGCGGAGAAGGAAAGGGGAGAAGCUGGAUGAGAUCCUGGCGGCCGCAGAGCCGGCGCUGAGGGCGGAUAUCGUGGAAGCAGAUUCCAGGGCAGCCACUGUGAAACAGAGACCAACCAGCCGGAGGAUCACCCCUGCAGAGAUCAGUUCCCUCUUUGAACGCCAGGGCAUGGCAGCACACUCGGGGGUCCUGGCGGGAGCUGAGAAGCCCCACGUUUCCCUGCGCAAAGGAAUUCCACGGACAAAAUCCGUAGGUAAGACAGCCUGGGGGAGGGGAGAAAUCCCUUUGGGAAGGGGAGGGAUGGGCCCCGUGGGCAGGAAAGGCUCAGCCCUUUCCAGCUCUGUGAGGUGGGAGCGUCCCGUGGAAUUCCUGCUACCAGGGCUGCCUG